CGUCUCCGGAAGGAAGUCCUUGUUCCUCUCCGGAAGGUUCUAGAAUUGCCGGAAACCUACAUCGGAGAGCCAACCGCUGGGACUCCAUACCCUACAACAGAGUCGCCUCUGUCGCCAUGAACUUCUACAAGCACAAGUUUCUCAAGCACGAUGGCGAACGAUUCCAAGGCUACCUGGAGUCCGUGGAAAAGGGGGAAGCCAAAAUCGCCGCCGGCGCUCUGUUACCGCACGAGAUAAUCCAGGCAUUGGACGACGACGAAGAAGACGAUGAAGAAGACGACGAAGGACAAGUAGCAGAGCUGCAAUGGAAGAGAAUGGUGGACGAUCUUCGCCAGAGAGGGAAGCUGAGGAACUGUAUGGCGAUCUGCGACGUCUCGGGAAGCAUGAUCGGAACUCCGAUGGAAGUUUCGGUGGCGUUGGGCCUUCUCGUUUCGGAGCUGAGCGAGGAUCCGUGGAAGGGGAAGCUGAUCACAUUCAGCGCGAACCCGAAACUUCAGUUGAUCAUAGGGGAUUCUCUCCGGGAGAAGACGAGCUUCGUGACGAGGAUGAACGACAUGGAAUUCGACCAAGCCUCAAAGUCCGGUGAAACCUGGGAAACGGAUUACAAGAAGAUAAAGAGGAAGUUCAGGAAGAAGGGGUUCGGGAAGACGCUGCCGGAGAUUGUGUUCUGGAACCUGAGGGACUCGAGAGCCACGCCGGUGCCGGGGAGUCAGAAGGGAGUGGCGCUGGUGAGUGGGUUUUCAAAGAAUCUGUUGAAGAUGUUCUUCGAGGGAGACGGGAUUAUCAACCCUGUGGAGGUCAUGCAGUCCGCCAUCUCCGGCGAAGAGUAUCAGAAGCUCGCCGUGGUUGAUUAAACCCUUAUCAUCCCGUUAAUGUCUUUCUCGUUUUUUUGAAGCUUAUAAAACAUCUUUUCCUUUCCAAAUUCCAAUGCCUACUGCUCCUUGCUUUAGAGAAUAUUUUUCAUAUGACAGAAGUUCAGGAUUUUUGUUCUCUUGCACAUUUCGACUAUGUUUGGUCAAAGAAUUUGAACGAGGAAAAAAGAAAAUAAAAUGAAGUGAAAAACAAUUU